GUUGCCGAAAAAAAUACAAUGCCAGCCAGGGCCCAGCUAGAUCCAGAUAGACUCGGACAUCCAGGCUUGCAUUGUGACGACAGCUUCUCGCAGGCCUCCCUCCCUCCCUCGCCGCCACCGGUUUUGUAGCCCGCUUUUGUUGACACGCCCAGUCGUCCGCAGCCAUGCCCUUCCUCGCCUAAAGAUGGAACACUUUCUCUGUGCACACAGGCUGGUAUCUUGAAUGAGCGAUUAGCUUUCUCGACCCAAUCUUCACAGUUUUUGGAAGUCAUCCCCCCGUCAGGUACAGCGCCGAACGCCACCCGCCGCCAAAAAUGCGCAUCUUCCUCCUCCCGAUAUCGACGCGUCGGACGCUUCUGUACGCGCACCGUAUGAAUGCGGCGACCGCAUCGCAGCAAGCCAAGCAAUCACUCCUCGAGAGAAUACAAGAGAAGGCGGCCAAGACCUGGGCCGGCUGGGAGCAGAAGAAGUCAGGAUGGCAGAAGACAGUGGUCGGCUAUGGGAAUGAGGCACUAAAGAGGAUCCCCUACGAGGAGUGGGCAUUGAAGUCCGUGCCGCCUCUGUCGACAAAGCGCAAGGACGACGAGCUGCGGGGCAACGACAAAGUAGAGGUCAUCUACCCCAGGAAGCUGGUAUCAGCCGACAAGGUUACCGAGGUCCUUAAUGCUCUGAGCACGGAGCGCGAAGCCUUGCAUCGGCGGAGGCUGCUCUGGUGUUUCGUCGGGAUGCCGAUCAGUGCACCGUUUGCAUUGGUUCCAAUUAUCCCGAACAUCCCCUUCUUCUAUCUCGUGUACCGUGCUUGGUCACAUUGGCGCGCCCUGGCCGGCGGAAAACACAUCCAGUUCUUACUUCAGAACAAACUCCUAAUCCAUACCCCGUCUCCCAAACUCGAUGAGGUCUACUCAGAGCAAGAGCCACCGCUGCCGUCAACUCCUGAAACCACAACCACGCCAGGGGAACCCAAAAACAAAAACCCAACGCUGCCGAAGGACGCCCAGCCGGAAGAUGGUGAAACGAUGUUGCUGUCCCAGUCGAACGGGAAGAUAAUGACGCAGGCUUUGGACCUGCCUCAGCUCGAGAUCGAGCUUGAGCGAGCGAUAUGGCAGGUGGAGACUGCCAUCGAGAAGCAGAAUGCCGAGCGCAGCGCCUCGAAGAAGGACGACCCGAAGUCGCAAUGAUUAAGGGUGGCCGAUAAUAUUAUGAUGUAGUAUGAGUCGGAGAUGGUGUCACGAUAGCGUGCGACAGGCGGGGAGGUCAAGCCGGCUGGCACCGUGCGUAUGGAGCUGGGACCUCCGGGUCGAAAUCCCACCCAAGUCCUCGUCUCGGGCGACGAUCUCCACACAAAUCCAAUUCCGCUUCUCAAUUCCCCUCCAUUCUCGCCCCCGACCGGCAUUGUCAGAUCUGACGGGCAAGGUAGUGCCCUCUUAGUGAAUCAAGCCCGACGAUGGUGAGGAACGUUGAGCAAACGCUCAAGAGGCUCAGGAUCAGGGCUAUCUGCAGCCUGUGCCGGGCGGAAGAGUUCUGCUGGAGCAGGGAAAAGUCACUCGCCGCCUGCCUCUCCACGUCGGAAAGCCAGCCGUGCCGAACGUCGCCGACCUUGACCACCCGGAACAUGGUGGCUGCCUCUGUGUUUGAUUCCGGAGUCGUCUCCACCGUGGUGAUGGCCAAGCUGGAGCCCUUUGCUGACGAAUCGCAGAUCUUGGUACAGAUCACCGUGCUGCUCGCGUCCUUUGGUGGGGGUAGUGAGCAGGCCGUCGUACGCUCAUAAGCAAUGGCAGCCUUGCGGCGCAGGAGCCGUUCCGUUGGGGUCUCGCUGGUCUUCCUUCUCACGGGCCUGAGUCUCGUAGAACGGCAGCUCUGUCUCCUGAGCCCCUUGUCACCGCAGCAGGUUGGGUUUAAAGGUGACGAGGCGCUCGGGGCGUACUGUUGUGCAGCUGCCACGAUCAGGGCUUGGAUGAUGUCGUCCUUGGCAGACAUUUCUGGGUAUCUCAUCCUGGCGGCGCCGUUUUGUGAAAGGGUUUGAGACAUGUUGGAUUGGGAUUGACUGGUCUGCAGCAUUGCAGAGGACGCCUGUGAGAGUGAUGAGGACGGUCGAGAAGAGUGAAGGAAGAGGCGGGGUUGAGUGAAGAGGUCGAGGGGCCGGGAGGAAGGGAUGAGCAAUGCUGUAUGAGACAAGUCACGAUACAAUGUCGCACUUUGUGACCUGUGGAAUUCUACCCUGGGGGCACGCAGGAAUGUGGAAUCCACAGCGGCCAAAAGGGAUCGAGGCCAUGCCCGUUUUGUUUUGUUUUUAUCACCCUUGGCCCGAAAUCUUGGGGAUGGCCGGGGCCAUCCGGGGCCAUCCUCCUUCGCGACAAUAUGUACAAGGUUUGGCGAAAGUGCACAAGAGGGUGGCCGGCUUGCCAAGUUCACCACGCAGCCCACACGCAGCCCACGUCGGCGCCCCAGAACGAUCGUUGGAGGGUCCACAGAAUGUCUCAGUUAAGGGGAAGGUGGCUUCUGCCACUCCCUGUCAAGACGCUCAUCACAUAACCUAAUUUCGACUCGACGGGCCAGAUUAAUCUAUUCAGAUGACGGGCCGCCUUUCAAUCUCGGGGGUGAACUCCCCUGGCCGGGGUUAUCUGCUGUGUGCGCACUGGCCAGCUCUCGGUCCCAUUCACCACUUGGACAGUCCAAUGCAUACAUGUAUUUGUGCUGACCGGCUGCACGCACGCAGGAUGCUGUCAGCAGCAUGGGCGCACGCAGCCAGGCAGUCAGGCUGCACAGCAAGAGCUCUCUGGUGCUGAUUGCCGUUGGAUACUGUGGUAAUAAGUCGGUCGUACCCCCCCGAAUCCCGAUGCAUUCCUGACGCUAGACCUCACUGAUUGAUGGCCACAAGUACGGACCUCUUCUCACCGCCCACCGAGCUCCAGCGAUCCCGACAGGUGGGUGCUGCAUCAGUUUGACAAACCACUGGUCCCAGAUGCGGAGCCCACCCCCCAGCACCGUGCUCGCCUGGUCCGUUGGCCCCAUGCCGUCGAAUGCCGUUCUGGAUGCGGGUGCUAUCCGGGGCCACGCCCGGCAUGAUGAGUGCUCUCAAGGGCAGGCCGGCAUGUCUUGGGAGCAACUAUGAUGAGUAUGAGGCGAUAGGCGUUGGAACACCCCUUUUGCGGCUCGAUAGAUAAGAGCCGACCGUCUCGGUGAGGACACGGCACAAUGGCAACGUCCUUAUCUCGCCCUCAUGCACCACGUGGGUGCUGCCGCCCUGGUGAGGCGAGUCAAAUCUGGGCCCAAAUCGAGGGUGUGAUCGUCGAGGGAGACCCUCAGCCGGGACGCAGGCCAAGGCCGUCUCCUAUUGAUCGAGCGGACACCCACGGUCCGGGACUGCCAGUCUGUCCGCGUCCACGGCCGCCCGAGGCCCGAAACAAGGGAAAUGGAUAUACUGUGUACAGGUAGUAUACACCACAAUCCCCUUCCCCCAGUUCGGCGAGACCGGAGGGGAAGUGCUUGGCCCCUCUAGAUAGGGCUGCCAGCGUAGCAGGCAAGAAUUGUGGUUUGCCCAGAGACCCACAAGCGUCUCCGCUUGAUCGCAAGCGGGAAUCGGCCCACUUGUGGUCUAAUUGAUACGUGUGUUUGGCUCUUGAAGGCGGCGUGUUGGAGACAGGAGCCAGCACAAAAGGGACAUGCGUGCACAGCGUGAGUGCGCGUGCAUCCGUUUUCCUGUGGGGCCCGAAGGUGCUCACGGCGUGAUCGUGCUCGGUCAUCGUCACCGGGGACCAAGGCGAUUAUUGGUGGCUUCAGAAGAGUCCCCUUGGUAUAGAAAGUGCACCGUAAUAAGCAUACAUCUUGCAGUGUGAUUACCGUUAUAAGCCCCGGUUCCCAGUAGUUCACUCGGUCACCGACCAGCACAAGUGAUAUUUACUGGUUUCACCUCUUUUUGAGAGGUCACUCGUGUAUAGCGUGGCAGGAACGACGUAAGGCAGUCUCCACGUAGAAGGCAUUUUAUGAUAGUUCUUAAAGUUGAACACACUCUCAAGCUG